UAUUAUUUUGUUUUGUCUGUUUUCGCAAAAUAUCCCGAAUUAUAAAUAAGUGUAUUUUGAUUAUUAUUUAUCGAUUUGAAAGACGGAAGGAAAAAAAAAGAAAGAAAAAGAUGAUAAUUAUCUCUAGGGACCGCCUUGUUGAGUGUUCUUAUCUUCUUGUUAUAAAAAGUGUAGCCUCUGUUCGCACUUGACUUACCCAAUCGCAUCUUCUUCAGUGUCUCUUACAAUUCUUCCCAUCUAUCAAUAUCAAUUAUUAACAAACAAGAAGCUUCUCUACUCAUUACAACAAUGGGAGUGUCGAAGAAGAUAUCAUCAGGUGGGUUUAAAGGAGAUUUAAUCCCAGGACUGCCCGAGGAAUUAGCUAUGGAGUGUUUGGUUAGGGUUCCUUUCGAGUUUCAUUCUUCCAUGAAACACGUUUCCCGUUCUUGGAAAUGUGUUCUCUCCGGUCUUUCUUUCCACAAGGAACGGAUCGCUUUCGGUAAAGCUGAAUCUCUGCUCUGCCUUGUUCAACCUCUCACUUGUCCACCCAUCAUUCAUGGUGAUGACAUGAUGACUGACGACAGCAAGAAAGAGGAGGAGGAACAAGGCGAGUCUCACUCUCACAACAUCAUGAUCCAGCAGCAGCAACCGCGUGUGACUGUGACGCCACUCUACGGUUUAAGCGUUUACAACGCAACGCUUGACACCUGGUACCGCGUCGCGAUUCCCGAACGCGUUCCUCUGUUCUGCGAGUGCGUUGCGCUUCAGGAAGCUGGGAAAGUUUUGUUAAUCGGCGGCUGGGAUCCGGAGACGUUGCAGCCCGUCAGAGAUGUCUUCGUUUUGGAUUUCUUCGCCGGAGAAGGAAGCGGCAGGAGGUGGAGAAGAGGGAAGCCGAUGUCGGCGGCGCGAUCCUUCUUCGCCUGCGCGUCUGUUGGUUCGACCAAGGUUUACGUCGCCGGAGGUCACGAUGAUCAGAAGAACGCUCUCCGAUCGGCUGAAGUGUACGAUGUGGUCAAAGACGAGUGGACGAUGCUUCCUCCCAUGGCGGAAGGGAGAGAUGAGUGCCACGGCUUCUCUAUGGCGACGGAUCUUGGAUUUUGCGUGUUGAGCGGAUACGGAACGGAGACCCAAGGCCAAUUCCGAUCUGACGGCGAGAUCUACGAUCCGAUUUCGGGUUCCUGGUCUGUAAUCGAAAACGUCUGGCCGUUCCCUGAUUUAAGCCCGAGAGGUCGCACCGCCGCGUCUGCUGCUGAAUCCGCCGGAGAUUUUAGAGGUUGUAGGUUAUGGUGCUUUAUUGAUAGCGAGAGACAGAGUCAGCCACGUUGGGAAAUUGAAGAUGGUUCGAUGAAAUGGAAAGUGGUUAUGGAGACGAUUAGGCUUCCGGUGACGACGAUGACGUCGGUUUUCGCAGGAAGCUUGAGUGGCCAAGCGGUGGCAAUGAUCGGCGGUGGCGGUGAAGAAAGUGGGACGAUGAUGACGAAGAUCACGGCGGAGAAGAAUGGCGGGAAGUGGAGCCACGUCAACACUCCCUCUGGUUUUUCGAGUCUUCCUUUCUCGUAUUCUUCAAUCUAUGUCUAGAGAGAGAAUCAAGUCAAAAGUAUUUCUCUGUUUUCAAAGUCAACGUUAAUACUGAAAUACAUAGAAAACAAAUUUAGUAAACGAAAAUGGGUUUUUCAUUA